AUUUCUCUCACACUCUUGGCUCAUAGUCAUAACCAACCUUCUCUAUAACACAAUUCACAUCAGUAGGUACUCUUCUAUAUUCUACAACUUGUGCUCUUGCAUAUCUCAUAUAUAUGAAUCUUACUUCGUUUGCAUGUUCAACUCAAUAAUUACCAGAUACGAUCAGCCAAGUGCUGAUGGCUACGAUGAACCCGAGUCCAGUGAAAAACUGCGCUAGACUUCAAGUAUCUACAAGGAAAAAGAGCAGGAAAAGGCAAUUCGAACAAAUAAAGCCACAAUCUCAAAACCAAAGCCAAAUCGAAUGGAAAUCCGAAGUUCAACAACAAAACUACUCCUCCAAACUCCUACAUGCUCUACAGAACAUUCAACCAGGAUCAUCUCCUAAUUCUCGCCCUGGAAAAAUCGUACACGACGCAGCAGACAGAGUUCUAGCAGCCACCGCUAAAGGAAAAACCAGGUGGAGCCGAGCUAUACUCACCAAACGUCUCAAGCUUAAAUUUCUGAAGAAGUCUAAAAAACAUAGAGUUGCGGUGACAGGAUGUAGCGGGUCAACAAAGAAGCCGAAUGUGAGUGUAUUAAAAAUGAAAUCAAAAAAUUUACAGGCUGUGCAGAGAAAAGGCCGAGUUCUUGGCAGGCUAGUGCCUGGUUGCAAGAAACAUUCGCUUCCGGUUGUUCUAGAAGAAGCGACGGAUUAUAUUGCCGCGUUGGAGAUGCAAGUCCGUGCCAUGGCUGCUCUGGCUGAUUUGCUCUCGGGCUCAGGCUCAGGCUCCAGCUCUGGCUGAACUCCGACAAACCGUUAAGUGUAUUAAUUUUUUUUCUUUAUUAUUGGCUAUUAGUCUGUUCAUAAAAAUGUCACAAAAAAUUGAUCAUAUUUUAUAAGAGGUUUGUUAUAGGUGCAA